AUGACCGUCAACACGAUAGUUCUAGACGCACUCAUCGUCGGCGGCGGGUUCGGCGGUGUCUACCAACUCAAACGUCUUCGCGAAGAGGGUUACAAUGUCAAACUCGUCGACGUCGCCUCUGACUACGCAGGCGUAUGGUUCUGGAAUCGAUACCCAGGCGCUCGAGUUGACAGCGCCAUACCCCAUUACGAAUUCUCCGACCCCGAGCUAUGGCGUGACUGGAACUGGACCCAGCGAUUCCCUGGCAGCGCUGAGCUGAGAGAAUACUUCUCAUAUGUCGCCAAGAGAUGGGAUCUCCGCAAGGACACCUUUUUCAACACGUAUAUCUCCAAGGCUGUGUGGAAUGAAGAAACGAGCAAAUGGGAAAUCGAGAGUAAGGACGGCAAGAAAUUCGUCGCACGAUACCUUCUCUUGAACACUGGCUUUGCAGCCAAGCGACACACACCUAAUUGGAAGGGCAUAGACAAGUUUAAUGGUCUCUGGGUCCAUCCUUCAUACUGGCCUGAGAAGGAACCUGAUCUGCAGGGCAAGAAGAUCGCCGUGAUCGGAACCGGCUCCACGGGUGUCCAGCUCGCACAAGAGCUUAGCCAGGUUGCAAGCGAGUUUGUGCUUUUCCAACGAACGCCCAACAUGGCACUGCCCAUGAAGCAGAUUGAAUACUCCCGCAACGACAAUGCAAUCUCAGAAGAGCGUUAUAGAGAGGUCUACAGCGGUCGACACGAGAGCUAUGGUGGAUUCGACUUCAACUCUUAUCCUCGGGACACUUUCAGUGAUGAUGCCGAGACACGUCGUGCAAAAUAUGAAGAACUAUGGACCCAUGGCGAUUUCAAGUUUUGGCUUGCAAACUACCAAGAUAUGCUCGCUCGAGAGGACGCCAAUGCCGAAGCCUAUAAGUUCUGGAAGUCCAAGGUCCGAUCUCGCGUCAAGGAUCCCCGCCUCCAGGAGAUCCUAGCUCCAGAAAAGCAGCCGUACAGUUUCGGCUGUAAACGAAUUUCUCUUGAGAACGGUUUCUACGAGAUCUUCAACCAGCCCAACGUCUCCUUGGUAGACGUGAAUGCCACGCCAGUUGUUGAAGUUACAGAGCGCGGUAUCAAGACAACUGAGAAGGAGUGGGAGUUUGACGUUGUAGUCUGUGCAACUGGCUUCGAUGCCAUCACUGGUGGUCUGAAGGACAUCAACAUCAGCGGAGUAUCGGGCGUGAAACUCGCUGACAAGUGGGAGACUGGCGCCAAAACGUACCUCGGCAUGGCUGUCGCUGGAUUCCCCAACAUGUUCUUCACAUAUGGACCUCAAGCACCGACGGCUUUGUGCAAUGGCCCGACAUGCGCUGAGUCACAGGGCGAGUUCAUCGUCAGGGUUAUGAAGUACAUGUCGACUCAAGGCCGUCACAAGAUCGAGGCGCGUGAGGACGCAGAGGCUGAGUGGGGAGACAAAGUCCGGGAAUUUGCUAAUGCUUCCCUUUUCCCCAAGACUAAAUCGUGGUAUAUGGGGGACAAUAUCCCAGGCAAGCCGCGCGAGUGCUUGAUUUACCUUGGCGGCGUUCCAACUUAUACCAAGACGCUGGAAGACUGUACUGAGAAUGGUCUUGAAGGCUUUCAGUUGAAAUAA